AACAUGGCAGACAAGGCAGAGAAAAUUGCUGCUGCUAGAAAAAAGCUAAAACAGUACCAAGCUCGGCACAAGGAUCGUGAGCAUGAAGGGAAUCAUACGGCCGAGCUGUUCAGUGAAUCUUACACUCCCGACGUUACAGGCCCGGUUGACACCACAUCACAGUCCUUAUCGCCACCACCUUCGUCUGAGUGUUCUGCGACGGUGGAACAAACGUCCGCACCGGCACAACCUACCGUGAAUUCCAACAGUGUUAUCGAACCAAGCACGGCACGACACGAUGACUUCAAUAGCAAUUACUUCUCCUCCGCCAUAUUCGACACACAAAAACCACAAACAGACGGGCGGUCGAUCGUUUCCAUUUCAAACUAUUUUGCCAACGAAAGCAAUCCAUUCUCGGACACGCGCUUCCCAGCCGGAGGCUCCGAUUUUUUCGGGCACAUAGAACCACAGCCGGCACCAUCCGAGCCACCAGUGCCAAUUGCGCAACCGGUGCUGGAACCCCGGCAUGUCGAACCACCAGUUGAUGUGAAUGUGUUUAACAUAAACAAAAUUUCGGAAGAGAUUGGAAAUUUAAUCGCCAACGCGAAUGCCGACCUCGGACCGCAGAAUACAAUCCUGGAGCUGGAAUCGGAGAAGGCCGAUUUGGGUCGGCAGCUGAACGCAGAAAAGCUGGAAAAUGAUGAAUUACGGCUCCGGCUACGUAACCAUCAGUCGUUGGUGGACGAGCUGAAGAUUGAGAUCGAAAAGCUGCGGCUGGAGAACAAAACUCGCGUCACGGUCGAACUGGGUCCGCUGCAGGAACAGCUGCAAAUGCAAAUCCAAGCCGUCGGCGUGUUGGUCGGCGAGAAAGCCGAACUAACGGCAUCGCUGGCCAAGUCCCAGUCGCUGGUGAUGGAGCGGGCGGCCGAAAACGAGGAUCUGCAAGAUCGUCUGAAGGAAACGAACGCGCUAGUGCAAAAACUAGAACACGAGUUGGCCGACUCAAAAAGCCACGGUCAGCGGUAUGAACAGCUGGAGCAAACGAUCACCUCCCAGGUCGGCGAAUAUCAGCGGGAAGCCGAUCGCUUCCGGAAGCUUUACGAGGAUUUGCAGGAAGACCUGGCCGAGCUACGGCAGAAGCUAACGGUACGCAACGAAGAGUAUCAAACGGUGCAGCAAGCACUCGAGCAGACGCGUUCCGAGCUCGGGCUGGCAAGGGUGCGCAUUGAUCAGCUGACCACGGACGAUGGGCAGGAUUACAACGCAAAGAUCGAAUCACUCACGCAGCAAACCCUCAUCAAGGCCCAACAAAUCAAGGACCUUCAAGAGGUUGUGAAGCAGAUCGGUGCCGAGCGCGACCAGAGUAACCAGCAAUACCAAAACUAUGUGUUACAUCUGAAUAAGGAAAUCGGUAACCUAGCGGAGAAGAUUCAGGAGCUGACGGACGAGAACAAUCGGCUGGCAAAGAGCGAAGAGUCGGCAGUACGGUUCGCGAACGAGCUAGAGCGUCAGAUACAGCAGCAAAUGCUCAAACAGCAGACUGUUCAGCAGGAAGCUACAGGAACACCUAUAACAGGGACAGCAACUAGAGAGGAGCAAGAAAACACCAAGCGAGAACUAGAGGCGCUUCAAAAAAGGUGCACCGAGCUGGAACAUGAGAACGAGUAUUUGAAGACUCAGGAUGCUUCACAACAGAAAGAACAGGAAACCGAUUUCGAAGCUAAACUAAAUCAGUAUGAAGAGCAAAUAGCGACCUUACAGCUAACGGUGGAUCGUCUUCAGCUGGACAAACCUGACGUGGCGAAGCUGUUGGCGGAAAUUGAAAGCGGAAAGGUGGGUGCAUCCCGUGCCGUCACGCAGAACCAGGAACUUAAGUCCCAGCUCGAAGAAAUGCAACGUGCUUUCGUACAGAUUAGCAACGAUAAACUAAACCUCACCGAUAAGCUUCAAACGGAGCUGCAUCUGGGCAAGGAAAUGAAAGCAAACUAUGGUAACCUGGAAGCGGAACUGGCGGCCAUACGGGAGAAGCUACACUACAAGGACGAGGAAAUGAUUCGGUUGGCACACGAAAAUACCGAACUAAACAAACAAAUCUACCAGCAGAACCAAGAGAUUGAUCGUCUGCGCUACUACGAGUCCCGUUCGAACGAUGCAUCUACGUUGCAGCGGGAACUAGAAAGCCACAAGCGCACGGUAGAGGAUCUCCAGCGGCAGUUACGAACAGUCGCCGAUGAACAGAAGGUCACGGUAAAUGGGGAGAUAUCGGAGCCGGCGGCUUGUGAGACCAGCAAUCAUCUUCAGCACGAAAUUGAAACCCUUCGCCAGGAAAAGGAAGAAUUGCUGAAGGCGUUGAAUAGAUUCCAGCAGGAUAGAACCACCACGAACGGGCCCGAACCGAACGCCUUCGAUCGCCAGUCAUCGAUCGUAAGCAGCAUACCGACGAUGGAAGCGAUGGAAAAAUUACAGCAACGCUUCAAACGAACCAUGCUGGAGGUGGCCGAACUAACGGAGGAAAAGCAGCGACUCGAACAUCUGGUGCUACAGUUGCAGGGUGAAACGGAAACCAUCGGCGAAUACAUCACACUCUACCAGCAGCAGCGGAGGCUUCUGAAGCAAAAGGAUAUGGAACGGGAUUUGCAGCUGCAGCAGCUGGCCGACGAUCGGGAAAUGAUGAAGCUGAAGCUGAAGGAGCUUAACUAUCUCGUCCAUCGAUUGGUGCUUGAACAGGGCGGUGGAACGGACGAACUCCGCUCACCGGCUGGUAGUGCACAUAUGGUACAUUCGCCUGAAGGUCAUCCCUUCGCAGGCAAUCCUAGUCCCGCCGGUGGCACACCGAGUCCAAAUGGUCCAUUGGAUGGUACGACAGCAUCACAGCAGCACACAAACGGGGACGACUGUCACCACUCUCCCUUGUUACCAAAGGUGCAAAUCAAAGCGAAUGAAACGGCCGGUCGCAUCCUUUCGCUUUUGACCGACAUCAAGGAGGCCAAUAUUCCGUACGGUAGUGGCGUGCAACACUGCUCCUGUUGCUCGGGGCGCUUGGAAACGGUGUAGGCUUUUAGGUGCAUUAUGUCGUUUCCUACUCACAUCCCCAUCCCCAAAUGCUGUGGUAUAGUUUUUUGUGCGUUGUGUCUUUUUUCGCGAAAGGCAUGUUUUAUAACCUAUGUUUCUUUUAAAUCUAAUCUAAUUCCUGGUAUAACGUUAUUUGUACGAUCGAAAUAUAGAACACGCCUAGCGAUGAAAUAAAAAUGGAAUAUUAGUUCA